AUGUGCCGUAAAAUUCAGUCAGGCCUUGUGGGGUCGUUGUUGAUGCACAUGAUGAUACUAUGCACCAUCACGAUGACCUUGUGUGUAGUUGAAGGCAAUGCUUCAUCAUUGGUGAAAAAUUCUUUGGAGACUAUUCCGACAUUUUCCAACUUUAAAACGCUUACAUUUUCUGGAUUUGGUUCUGGAGCCUCUAUGGCUGUUCAAAUGCAAUUUGCUCACUCAAAGAAAGUAGCUGGCGUUGCAUCUUUUUCAGGGUUGCCAUACUAUUGCAUUAAAAACAAUUUAACAAGAUUGGAAACAUGUUUUAAACAUACUGAACAAGUGACAGUGGAUGAAAUUGUGGACAUUCUUCAAAAAUUGACAUAUUACAAUUUAAUAGAUGACUAUUCAGAAUCCAUUUCUUCACAUAGAGUUUAUUUGCAAAGUGGAAGCCAAGACAAAAGCCUAACUCAAGCUGCUGCGAUAAAGUCGAGAGAGCUGUUCGAAUUUUUGAAUGUUCCAAAGGAAAACAUAAAAACAGUCCUUGACAUUCCCUCUGGACAUGCUAUGGUAUCCGUUGACUACAGUGACUCUGAAAAGAAUAAGUGUGGAAGUGAAGUUCAAAAACCAUAUAUUCAAAAUUGUGGAUUUGAUUUGGUGGCUGAUGCUCUUAAAUUCCUUCUGUUCCAAAAUGAUGACCAAAAAUUUGUGAACAACAAGAUAGCUAAAAAGAAUGAGGACUUACUGAAUAACCUCUUCAAGAUUGAUCAAACUCCAUUUGCAUCACAAAGACACUUAAUGGGAGAUUACGGAUACUUGUACAUUCCAUCAGCUUGUCAAAAGGAUGAAACUAAAUGUACUCACAUUCAUGUUGCCUUCCAUGGUUGUGACCAACUGGAAGAAGAAUUUGCUCUCUAUUCUGGAUAUAAUAGAGUUGCUGAACAAAAUAACAUUGUUGUCAUGUACCCUAGAUCUUCGAUUCAAGAUAGAUACAAUCCACACGGAUGUUGGGACUUUUUUGGAACAGAGAAUGGAGAUGAUUAUCGUUCAGAGUUGUAUUUAGCCAGGUUAGGACCACAAAUGCAAACAGUUGCCAGGAUGAUUGAACAAGCUGGUCACAAUAUGGACAUGAAGAAGUUACUCGAGAGAAGUGCUGCAGAAGUUUUAUUAAUGCUUGGAGCUGUGGUGCUUAUUUUUGUGUACCAAAUGUACAAGCUUGUCAUUUCUCCAUCCCAAAGGAAGAAAAAGUCAGACUAA